CACGGGCCUAGGCGCGGCGGCCCGAGAUAGGGUCCCCUCCGCCUCCCGGGGGAGGAGAGAGGCAGCGGGCCGCGCGCUCCGCCCCCUCCCCCCGGGCCGCCGCCACCUCGCCGCCUCAGCCUGGCGGGGAGGAGGAGGAGGAGCAGCAGGCCUCCGGCCUCCGGCACCGCCGCCCGCAGGACAUUUCUGAUUCAUUUGCAUCCUUGAAGAGCAUCUAUAGAAGAGGAAGGAAAAGAUGGGUGUGAAAACAUUUACUCAUAGCUCCUCUUCCCACAGCCAGGAAAUGCUUGGAAAGCUAAAUAUGCUUCGAAAUGAUGGACAUUUUUGUGAUAUCACUAUUCGUGUCCAGGACAAAAUCUUCCGGGCACAUAAGGUGGUACUAGCAGCUUGCAGUGAUUUCUUUCGCACCAAACUUGUAGGCCAAGCAGAAGAUGAGAACAAGAAUGUGUUGGAUUUGCAUCAUGUUACAGUGACUGGCUUUAUACCCCUUUUAGAGUAUGCGUACACAGCCACUCUGUCAAUUAACACAGAAAAUAUCAUUGAUGUUCUAGCUGCAGCCAGCUAUAUGCAAAUGUUCAGUGUUGCUAGCACCUGCUCAGAGUUCAUGAAAUCAAGCAUUUUAUGGAAUACACCCAACAGCCAACCAGAAAAGGGUCUGGAUGCUGGACAAGAAAAUAACUCCAACUGCAAUUUUACGUCUCGAGAUGGAAGCAUUUCUCCAGUGUCUUCAGAGUGCAGUGUGGUAGAAAGAACCAUCCCUGUCUGCCGAGAAUCACGGAGAAAGCGCAAAAGCUACAUUGUUAUGUCUCCUGAAAGUCCUGUAAAGUGUAGCACACAAACAAGUUCUCCCCAGGUGUUGAAUUCUUCAUCUUCCUAUUCAGAAAAUAGAAAUCAACCAGUUGACUCUUCUCUAGCUUUUCCCUGGACUUUUCCUUUUGGAAUUGAUCGAAGGAAUCAGCCUGAUAAGGUUAAGCAAGCAGAAAAUACCCGGACUUUAGAAUUACCUGGCCCAUCUGAGACAGGGAGAAGAAUGACUGAUUAUGUGACUUGCGAGAGCACAAAAACUACCUUGCCUCUGGGUGCUGAGGAAGAUGUCCGGGUCAAAGUGGAAAGGUUAAGUGACGAGGAGGUCCAUGAGGAAGUAUCCCAGCCUGUCAGUGCGUCUCAGAGUUCACUGAGUGAUCAGCAGACAGUGCCAGGAAGUGAGCAAGUGCAAGAGGACCUUCUGAUUAGUCCCCAGUCUUCCUCCAUAGGCUCAGUAGAUGAAGGCAUCACGGAAGGGUUGCCUACGCUUCAGGGCACUUCCAGCACCAACGCUCACGUAGAUGAUGAUGACCGAUUGGAAAAUGUUCAGUAUCCCUACCAACUCUACAUUGCUCCUUCCACCAGCAGCACAGAACGGCCAAGUCCCAAUGGUCCAGAUAGACCUUUUCAGUGUCCAACGUGUGGGGUGCGAUUCACCCGUAUUCAGAACCUGAAGCAGCACAUGCUGAUCCACUCAGGAAUUAAACCAUUUCAGUGUGACCGCUGUGGGAAAAAGUUCACCAGGGCUUACUCGCUAAAGAUGCAUCGCCUAAAGCAUGAAGGUAAACGCUGUUUCCGGUGCCAGAUAUGUAGUGCCACUUUCACUUCCUUCGGGGAAUAUAAACACCACAUGAGGGUUUCCCGGCACAUUAUCCGCAAGCCUCGGAUUUACGAGUGCAAAACAUGUGGCGCCAUGUUCACCAACUCUGGAAAUUUAAUCGUGCACCUGAGGAGUCUGAACCAUGAAGCGUCAGAGCUAGCAAACUACUUCCAGAGCAGUGAUUUCCUAGUACCGGACUACUUAAACCAGGAGCAAGAAGAGACCCUUGUUCAAUAUGAUCUUGGAGAACACAGUUUUGAAAGCAACUCCUCUGUUCAAAUGCCUGUAAUUUCACAGGUCUCCUCGACCCAGAAUUGUGAAAGCACUUUUCCCUUGGGGUCUCUUGGGCUGACAGAAAAGGAGGAAGAAAUGCCAGAGCAGCCACAGACCAGUGCUUGUACCGAGGCAACCAGAGAUGACCCCCCAAAAUCAGAGCUGUCUUCUAUAACUAUUGAGUAAUUUCAUAGUUUGGCUUCAUUUUUAAUUUUUGGAAAGUGCCUGUGCUUGGUCUUGUACAUUUGAAUUUAAUUUUUUAAGCAAAAAAAAGGGUUUGGAAAAAUUUCCCUUUUUACUUUGUAAGUCCUGCAACUGAUGUUUUAUUUUUUGUGACUGAGAGAUUGCUUCUGUAAGUGCACAAUAAGAUGGUGUUGAAAUACAGUAGAAACCCUGAAACUUAAGGAGAGGAAGCAGGUGACAUCACACUUACAUCAGUUUCCUCUUCCGACAUCAGGAGUAGGCUAACAACGUAUCAUUAGGUUGAGAAGAAAUCAGAUGAUUACUGACCUUCCUGAAAUGAAAGGGUACACCAUAAACAUACUACUAAACAGAUUUGGCAAAUAGCCUGAAUAGAUGUUACUCCUAUACACAGGACAUUGUACAAUCUUCUGUAAAGCCUGUUGUUUCUGGAAAUAUUUAUGGUGAGCUUUCUUAAAAAUUAUUAGAUGUGUACUUCUGAUAUUCCACGUAUUCUUUUUUUUUUUUCUUUAAGCUUUGUCAUUAUAAUUUUUUAUGCUGAAAAUUUGGUAUUGGGAUAGGUAUUCCCUGUACCUUUAUAAUAGUACUCUCCAAAUUAUCUUUCUUCUAUGAAAGAUGGCAGAGAGCCACGGUUGAGAAGAGUCAAGCUCUGCAUGAAGAGACCAGGAAUGGGGAAUAUAGUGUGUGAAUCUCAGCUUCAUAGGAACUCUUUCAUACUGCUUUUCUGGUUAAAAUCAUUGUUUACCUGGUCUUUGAAUGUUAAUGCCUGGCUAAUGAGGUCAUUGCCUAAAUCAGUUUUUGUCUUACCCUGUCAACAGUACUUUCUUUUGCCUAGUGAUCCCAUAAAAAGGAAAUAUACUGGAGAUGUUCUAUAUUUUAUAUAUAGGUUUGUGUAUUAUUGAGGAUGUUUUCAUUCUGCUGUUUGGACAAAAUAAAGAAUUCUCUGUUAAGGCUA